AUGGCUUAUUCCCCCUCUCCCACCUCGCCAAAUCGGUUAGACAACGGUACCUAUCUCAAUCCUCGUUCUCCCACUCCUCCGGCUCAACCUUUGUCCAAGAGAGACAAGCGAAGAAAUCAACAUGUUGCCCAUCAACAGGAACUCUACAACGAGCUGGCCUCGAACCGAGAACAACACUACCGGGAGCAGCUCAUUGCGCUUCAGACCGACAUGAGCCUCAUAUCCCAAGCAUAUCUGUAUGAUGCGGAGCCUCUGGAGGACUCGCCGGAAGAGAUUGCUAGAAUCACAGAAUUGGCUGCUUCUGGCACUCCUUAUCAGUCGCAAAUGUCGUCGCUGGCCGGUAAAUGGUACGCCGAGUUUGUUCAAGAGGUCAACGACGCCAAAGAAGCAAAAGAGCUGGCUCUUAUACAACUCAUGAACAACCACAAUGCCCGUCUGGAAAGAGUCAAAUACGAAUGCGACUAUCGACUCCAUCUUGCCGCCGAAGAAUGCGAACACAUGACGUCUACCCUGCGGGAACGGCUUUUCCAAGCCCUGUCCAACAAGAGACAGCGUCUGAUGAAAGAAAAAGAACAACUCGACAUCGCCGAUACCAAUGCCCUUCUCCUCCACCCGAGUCAAUUCAGUAUUACCAAUCCUGCAAGUCCCGGCGGGAACCACACCAGUCGCAAAACGCGCUUCACCCGACAUCGUGAACAGGAAGAUCUGAAUGGAGUUGGGGAAGUCAUGAACAAACGGAAGCGAAAGCUUGCCGACGACGAUGUUGGCUCACCAUCACGCAAUGGUGUUUCCACUCCUGCCGACCGCGGUCGUGCAACCGUGACCAACCAAACGGCGCCCCUCUACUCCAUCCACUCACUUUUCACCGACAAGGAACUCAACUUUCAAUCGCAUCAAGCCCAGAUCGCUGCUCGACACUUCUUCGCAACAUCUCGGAAGGAAGGCGAAACCGGCAACACACGCAAGCGAGGUAAAGAUGACGAUGACAAAGGGAACGGGUCCGAUGAAUCUGGGUCGGACGAGGAUGAGGAGCCUGAAGCACCGGAGAUGGAUAGAUCUGCGAGUCAAAAUGUGCACGUUACACGGUCCACUCGAACAUUUGGUGGCAUCAACGGGCUCAAUUCGCUCAGCGAUCUUGCAGAUAAAGCAGCAACCCGUCCUGCGCUGCCUUAUGCCACAUUACAUACCCACCAAGGAAGACAGGGGACGUUUCUGCCACAACCCAGCAGACUGAUGGCGGAAGAAUUGGAGGAGGAUCUGCUCAAGAUUGCUCAAAUUGAAACACAGCCCAAGGGCCAGGUCGACAAAAAGGCCAUCGACGAAGCUCUCAAGCCCUUGGCCGAACCACGGAGCAACCUGGCUCCAGACUGGCCUGUUUAUCUGGACGUGCACCUGGUGGAUGUCGAUCCGCGGAAGAAGGCAGGACGCGAGCGCUAA